AUGAGCUUCCGAACGCUCGCAAUCACCUACCUCGUUGGCGGUCUGACCUUCCUACCGCUCGUACUCGCCGCCGUCCUCGCGUCAGCAUGGUAUCUGCUACUCAAGGCCGAUCACGCUGAAGAACGUCAAAGAGAUGGACCAGACGAUGGGAAGGUUUAUACAGCUGAAGAGGUGGUCAAAGAACAGGAUCAGAGUAGGAGCCGCCAGGAAUCAACAAGCGACGUUGGAGCCAGUGGUACUUUUGCCGUGCUCAGGAAGUACGACUUCCAAGCUGCGAUCCAAGCGCUGAAUGCGCGGCAGAAUGGAAGCGCUGCAGCUGGUGGUCAAGGGCAUGAUACCACUGCUGGAGACGGAGUUGGGAACAGCAGUGAGUCGGUAUACCAAAGCAUGUACCGCUCCGUCUUUUCCGGCAACAAGAACACAGGGAGCAGCACAUCCAUUCUGGACCACGAUGAUACCCAGCAAGCUCCUGCCAACCGCCGUAGAUCUGUGUCCGCCAACGUAAUGUAUAUCGUUCUGCGCCAUGGACAUUUGAUGCUGUACGACUCUCCGGCCCCGAUGGAGGUACGGCAUGUGCUCAGUCUUGCACAUCACAACGUCACGCUCCAGUCUGGCAAGGAGGCCGAGGACGAGAUAGAUGAUCGAAAGAUUCCAGAAGCUGACCUCUUUAUCAAGAGAACCGCAAUUGUGUUGACUCCUGUCGAGCUGCCCAACGGCUCCAUGCAAAGCUCAGGAUCCCAAAAGGCCACGAAGCCCAUAUAUCUGUUUUCGGCGACAAGUUUUGAAAAAGAAGACUUCUUCCACGCCUUGCUAUGGACUCGAUCCCAUCCUCCAACUCUCCUUCCCCUCGAUCCAGAGGCACUGAUCAAGCUCCAGUCCUCACUCCAUUCAUCAAGUCUUACGCCAGAGACGAGGGCAUUGAACGCACUUUUGGGGCGAGUCUUUUUAGGGAUACAUCACACCGACUAUCUGAAGAACUUCAUUCUGGGCAAGAUCGAGAAGAAGCUAGCAAGAAUCCAAAAGCCCACGUUCAUCCCUCUACUACAGAUCCGAUCGCUGGAUCUUGGAGACGCCGCCCCGGUUUUCACCAACCUAAAACUUCGAGACUUGAACAUCAAUGGCGACACUACCAUCAGUGCUGAUAUGCGGUACAAUGGGGGCCUUUCAAUCACUUUGCUUGCCGUGGCAAAGCUUGAUCUGGGCCCUCGCUUCAAGGCCAGGACGGUAGACUUGGUGCUCAAGGCAUCUAUGCAGCGUGUUCAAGGCACCAUGCUUCUACAUAUCAAGCCGCCUCCUUCCAACAGGCUCUGGUAUUGCUUUGAGAACAUGCCGGAGCUGGAAGUUCGUGCUGAGCCCGUCGUGAGUGAGCGAAAGAUCACGUAUGGCUUUGUGUUGAGAGCUAUCGAGGAGAGAGUACGCACUGCCCUUGGUGAAGGACUCGUGAAGCCUAACUGGGAUGACGUUCCAAUGCCAUUAAUCGAUACGAGAGGGAGUCAUGCAAGAGGAGGUCUAUGGAGUGACGAGGGCGAGGAUGAACACCCGGAGCUGCGACCAGGCUCUGCCCGGGUCCUCUCCGAUCGAAAUGACAAGACGAUGUCUAUGCCAUCUUUCCCCCCUGCAAUGGAUUCAGGCGCAUCCACUGGUCUCUCCUCAAACUCAGAGGUCAACAUCGCACGGAUGCACCAUUCCGCGACGAUGCCAGUCGACGAACGACAAGUGAAGCGCCGCCCUGUUGGGUCGUCGCAAAACACUCACGACCCUUCGUCAAGUCCGGAGAUCAGUCAGCAAUCGAGUCUCCCACCGAAACCACUCCGCUCGCCUUCCAUCACGCUGCCCUCACCUGUCGUGGCGGUAGAUGGGCAGACUGUAGAGCAAGUGCGCGCAGAUGACCCAUCUCUACAGAAUCUUCCCUCUCAGAACAGACGGCUUUGGCGAUCUCGCGGCUCUAUACCUCAACAGCAGCAACAGAAAGAUGCGAUGGAUGAGCUGCGGGACUUGAGAGCGCGAGCAGACCAGGCGGCUGCAAGACCGUCCGUCUCGACCACCGCCGAGGGAGCCGACAAUGUGAAUCGUAGUCUGGAAGAGCUGCCUGGCAGCCACGACUCCGAUGAAGCUUCCAUUCGCAGCCACCAGCUGUCAGAUUCAACGAUACCCGCAACACCGCGAUCAUUCUCGAUUCGAAGCACAGAUUCGGAACGUUCAACCGCUACUUCACUGUCGUCUGCGCGGGGCCAACAGCCUGGCCAGAGGAAAGCGAACCUUCUUGCAGCAGCUGGCGCGGCUACCACUGCUGCACGGAACUGGGGCUGGAACACUAUACAAAAGAAUCGGGGUAUGCUACCUCGAACAGGUGCCAAGCAAGAGGCCAGUCCUCAAAGCACCAGCCAGCCGAUGGGUCGUGGACAGCCUCUGCCUCCGCCUGGACAGCCUUUACCUGGACCGAACAAAGGGCUUUGGGGUGGUGUGAGCAGCAUGAGGAGGAAGCCAGUCCCUGCUUUACCACCCCGGCGUCCACGGCCAGGUGAAAGUGAUUCAAACAGCACGACACCCAAUAGCAAAAUUCCCGUGCUCUUCAGGACCAAAAGCGGCUCAAGUCAGAUUGCUGGGAAUGGAGGCGACGAUGAAUUCGGCACUUGGCAAGAGAACGUGGUGGACGAUGGUAUGGGACCGAGUGGGGGAUCAAGCGAGAGCGUCAAUUUUGACCCAAGUGCUGAAUACCAACAGUCCACCCAUGGGCAUUCAAGCGCCAGCAUCACCGAGGAUGAAGACUUGCUACAACUCAGUGCCGGUGAAGCCGAGCCUGAGACGCCUCGGACAAAACAGCCAGACGAAGAGCAAGAGCGAAGCGUCGACGACACUCCUAGCAAAGUCAAAAAGAUCCCGCCGCCGCUGCCUGUGCGGCGACAGCACUCUCGAAGAGAGCAACUCAUUGAGAAUCUUUCAUCACCACAACAACAUGAUGAGGAUCAAUCCCAUAACGCAAAGGACGCCGACGAAGACGCAUCAUCAGAUGCGCCUGGACUGCGCGUUCCUGAAGGUGCCGCCGACGCCAUUGCAGCGGAGAAUUCAACAGUAGAGCUGGAGAGCGGUGCAAACGAUGAUCCAGAGCAUCUUGACGACUCUAAUGCAGUUGAGGCCAAGGUGAAGGCAGAGCGUACCGAAGCAGCGACGCACGUUCAGAGGGAACAGCUCUCUGAAGGCAGUGAUGUUGGCACGAACAAGGAGGUCACAGGGCUUGGAAGAGCCAACACAGCGGAGAGAUUCCUCCAAGGUGAUGACCUCACAGAAGAGGAUUUCGAGGCACAGGAUUCUACGCCAAGUGACGAAGGAAAGCGCUCAAUCAUGGAGACCCCAGUGCUGGGCACGAGAGUCGGCGGCUCGAGAGAGACAGAGACUGGCACUGACGAGACAGAUGAGAUAUCGCAGCGCAUCAAAGCUCAAGUGCAAAACAGCCGAAAGAGCAAGGACUCAAGCACUGAACACAACUGCUGA